AUGCCGCUGUACAGCUCGGACACCGCCGAAGACAGCUCCGACCUGGACUCGUCGGGGGAGAGCUCCGAAGAAGCGGAUUCCUCUGACGAUGACUCGGUCAAGGAGAAGAAGAGUAGUGCGGGAGUUUUAGGAGGCAAAGGAGUUGGCAAUCAUCACAUCAACGGGCUGAUGAUCGAGGACGACGACGACGAUGAGGAGCUGGUGGACGGGGCGCAUGUUGCUCAGGAGAUGUCCACUGAUCUGAUGAAGCCGCUGGUGGUGGAUGAGGAUGAGGAGGAGGAGGAAGAACAGGAGGAUGAUGUGGUCGAAGAGGAGGAGGAGGAGGAUUUUGGUUCUAAUGAUGGUGGCAACUCCUCGAUUGGCUCUGCUUCUGAUCUCCAAGCUACGGAUGACGAUGACGACGAUGAGGAUGAGGAUGAGGACGAUGAUCACGACGAGGACGCCGACGACUCUGGCAGCAGCAGCAGCAGCUGCGGCAAUUGUUCCAAUUCUAGCUUUGAAGGCGUGGUGGCACCUGUUUCAAAAGACAACCACAGCGUCGACUCGGCCUCUGAAGUGGUCGCUGGGAAGCUGAAGAGCUUAAAGUUGCAGGCUGAUAAGCCAUCGACAACGGCCACGGCCAGCAGCAGUCAGGAAAGUCGUGACGGCUUUGUCUUUGUCAACUACGAUGGAAGCUCCUCGAAGGGCCAUCCCACCAACUGGAUCAAGUAUGCGGGAGGGGAAGUGGUAAAACCAGGACAGCAGAUUAGCCGCAUAACCGUCACCACUUCAACUGAGGGCUCUUCAGAGGCGAAAGCUGCUGAUUCAAAAUCUGCUGAAGAGCUGAAGAGCUGUGGAGGAGUUUUAGGGACUACCACG